AUGCUGCUCGCUGUCGUGUACUUCUUCCACAGGAUCGGGGUGGCGCGUUCUUCGAAAGCACCUGACCGGAAAUAUGGGCUUCCCCAGAACGAAAUCGACGUCUUUGCAUCGCAUGCCAUCAAUAACACGGUAGUCAUCGUCCCGGUGAAUACCGGCAUGAUGCAUCUCGUGGAAAACAUGAUUUGCUCUUUAACGACUACGCGCUUUGACCCAUCUAGCAUCGUCUUCUGGGCAUUGGACAAAGGUGCCAAGUUGGCCUUGGAUCGAAAGGGCCUCGCCUCGUAUCGCGACCCGUCUCUCUACUCCACCAGCGGCAACUCGAACCGACAUGGCAACACUGAACAAUAUCAUCGCAUGAUGCGUGAGCGUCCCAAGUUCUUUCUCGACGUGCUUAGCAGCGGCUAUGAUAUGCUCAUAGUGGACGCCGACACCGUCUUUUGGCAGUCACCGCUGCUUCUUGUGCCGUCAGAAGCCGACAAGAAGAUGGUCGACAUUGUUUACAGCACAGAUGCGCGCGAGUUCUACACGGAACACGACGCGUUCCACGACGAGAGACGCCGAGGCGCCCUAAUGCCGCCCAUUUGCAACGGCUUGUUCUGGAUGAAGAGCAACAAGAAUACUGUGGCUCUGUGGACUGAAAUGCUGGGUGUGUUUGAGGCCCCGUGGUGGAUACAGGGAAUAUAUCGCGCAAGAUUUUUCCAGGAUGAUCAGCGGGGCAUUGACGUGAUGCUGAAUGAUGGGCGAGCCAAGGUCGUAGGGCCGCUUCCUGAAGGCAUCACCAAAGACAAGCUUCCCGCGGCGGACAAGGCCGUUUUAAACGUGCGCUUGCUCGACCAGACUGCCGUCGUCAACGGGCAGCUUCUCAUGUUUCGGGCCAAGACAUAUCAAGACAAGCUGGACCAGUUGAGGGCGGCCGGCAAGGACCGGAUUGCUGCGCACAUGAACUGGGAUACCUCGGUGAUUACAAAAGAAGAUGGAGCUCGGAAGAAGAAUAUAUAUUUCCUGGAUGAUGAUGGCAAAUGCAGGGCUUGA